UGAUGCUGCACUCAUUCAAAACAGCAGCGAGCACUCAGGGAAGUCGGUGCCAAAACGGACUGAUUCAAGCAAAUGCUGCAUGAAAAGUCCUGACCGAGGACUCAUCAUGUCUCUGUUCAGGUCUGGAUGCGUCCUGCUGCUGCUGUUCGGACAUUCACUCGGAGAUCCUCCUUCCUUCAGAGUGGAUCACGACAACGACUGCUUCCGGAAAGACGGGGAAGAGUUUCGUUACAUAUCGGGAAGCAUCCAUUACAGCCGGAUCCCCCGAGUCUACUGGAAGGAUCGACUGCUCAAGAUGUACCUGGCAGGCCUGAACGCCAUCCAGACGUACGUCCCCUGGAACUACCACGAGGAGUCUCCAGGCCGGUACACCUUCAGCGGAGACAGAGAUGUGGAGCACUUCCUCCAGCUGGCCAAAGACAUCGGCCUGCUGGUCAUCCUUCGGCCUGGACCCUACGUCUGUGCGGAGUGGGACAUGGGCGGGCUCCCUGCCUGGCUCCUCAACAAGAAGGACAUCGUGCUGCGCUCCUCAGAUCCAGAUUACAUCGCAGCAGUAGACAAGUGGAUGGGGAAGAUCCUGCCGAUGAUGAAGCCUUAUCUCUACCAGAACGGGGGUCCUAUCAUCACUGUGCAGGUGGAGAAUGAAUACGGCAGUUAUUUCAAAUGUGACUACAACUACAUGCGUCACCUCGUGAAGCUGUUCCGGUCUCAUCUUGGCGACGAGGUGGUGCUCUUCACCACGGAUGGCGCCGCGGUCAGCUACCUCAAGUGUGGCGCGAUGCAGAAUCUCUACGCCACCGUUGACUUUGGGCCCGGUGGAAAUGUUACCGCCGCCUUCGAGGCACAGAGACACGCUGAACCUCAUGGACCUUUGGUGAACUCUGAGUUUUACACCGGCUGGCUGGACCACUGGGGGUCCCGUCACUCCGUCGUGUCGUCUGCGAUCGUGGCCAAGUCCCUCAACGAGAUCCUGGCCACGGGAGCAAACGUCAACCUGUACAUGUUCAUAGGAGGAACAAACUUUGGAUACUGGAAUGGUGCUAACUCUCCGUACGCCGCGCAGCCCACCAGCUACGACUACGAUGCGCCGCUCACGGAGGCCGGAGACCUCACAGAGAAGUACUUUGCUAUUCGAGAGGUGAUCAGAAUGUACAAAAACAUACCAGAGGGGCCGAUACCACCAACAACUCCAAAGUAUGCAUACGGGACUGUGGUGGUGAAAAGGCUCCAGACGAUAGCAGAUGCUUUAGAAACGCUGUCUACCUCCGGCCCCGUGAAAAGCUCGUAUCCUCAGACUUUCAUUGAGCUGAAUCAGGCCUUCGGUUAUGUGCUCUACAGGACGACGCUGCCUGUUAACUGCACCACGCCGACUCCUCUGUCCUCGCCGCUGAACGGCGUCCACGAUAGAGCGUACGUGUCAGUGGACGGGGCGGCUGUGGGGAUUCUUGAAAGGAACGUCGCCUUGACCGUCAACGUGACGGGGAAAGCUGGCAGCCAGCUGGACCUCCUGGUGGAGAACAUGGGCCGAAUCAACUACGGAAAAGACAUCAACGACUUCAAGGGCCUGGUGUCCAACCUGACUCUGGGGGCGGCCACGCUCCGGGACUGGACCAUGUACAGCCUCAGUAUCGACGAGGCGGUCGGUCAGGGCCUUCUGAGCGAAACGAAACCAUCGGACGCACCUCGGCCUGCCGCUCCCUCCCCUCCGGCCUUCUACCAGGGAAGCUUCAUCAUCCCUGACGGCAUCCCAGACCUCCCGCAGGACACCUUCCUCAGUCUGCCCCGAUGGAGGAAGGGUCAAGUUUGGAUCAACGGCUUUAACGUGGGACGUUACUGGCCGGCCCGCGGCCCUCAGCUGACACUUUUCGUCCCUGCUAGCAUCCUGAGCACGACCGCGCCCAACAAUGUGACUGUGCUGGAGCUGGAGGAGGCUCCCUGCAGCUCCGGGCCGUGCAGGGUGGAGUUCACUGCCUCCCCCAUCCUGAACGCAACAGUCCAGUCUGACCACGAGCAGCACACGAGACUCUUCAAUAAACACGACUUGUUGUGAUAACAACCGAACUCACUUUGCUAAAUCCGUUUGCACUUUGUCUGAUUUGAAGAAGCUGUAAUUUGUGGCAGAAGGUUGAUCUGAGAUGUUAAUGAUUUAACGAGUAUUUCUGGAAAGUGGUCAAAAUUUCAGCCAAAUGUUGUUUGUGUGGCCGUUUCUACCUCGCUGAUUUUCAUUCAAAGCCUGUUUUGUCUUUGUAAAGGGAUGAUUGCCAACAGAAGCACUGCCAAACACCACAGCAGCCUGUAUUUCAGAGAAUGUUUUAGUUUUUAUGUGAUAAAUACAUCUGGGAAAUACUGUAGGUAUUAUCAUGUAACUGCAGAUAUAUUGUGGGGCUGUAUUGCUUUUGAAAGUAUGUUGCACUCUGAACCCAUCUGAUUUAAUGCUUUUAAAGCCUUUUAAAACGAACAAUAAAACACAUGAUUUGAUA